AUGGGAAACUCGUGCUCUCCUGGUUGCAUCUCUGCCACACCCGCUCACCGCCGCGGAGUCGAUGAUAUCCGCAGAUACUACAGGAUCGGUCGUGUCAUAGGAUGCGGUUCUUUUGGCCAAGUGCGAGAAUGCGUCGACAGAGAAACAGGCCAGAUUUACGCCGUAAAAGUGAUGGAAAGGCGGAUGAGUGGCAAGGAGAGGAUGACGCCAGGCCGACCCUCGAACGAGGCGAUGAUCCGUUCAGAAGUCGAAAUUCUCAAAUCUUUGCACCACGAGAACAUUGUUUCUUUCGUAAAGUUUUUUGAGGACAAGCAUUUUUUUUAUGCUGUUCUCGAGAAGUGCGACGGUGGCGAACUCUUCCAUCAGAUUGUCAGCCGAAGGCAAUUCACUGAAGAAGACGCCUCUGCCCUCUGCAGGCAAAUGGCGUCUGCUCUCGCUUACCUCCAUGGCCAAGGCGUUGUUCACCGCGACGUAAAGGCGGAGAACUUUCUUUUUAAGAGCAAGGGAGCUGAUUCAAUAAUCAAGUUGAUCGACUUCGGAAUGUCUGCAAGGCUUCCAGAAUGCGGAUACCUAACGGAUCUGUGCGGAAGCCCACACUACAUUUCGCCCGAAUUGAUCAGCAAACGUUACAACCAAGGGGCUGACAUGUGGGCUUUCGGGGUGAUGAUAUACCUAAUGUUGUUUGGGAGGUAUCCAUUUGAGGGAAGUAAAGCCAGCGCAAUAGCGAGAGAGGUGCAAAGCAAGCAACUUAACUGGUCACGGGCGGCCUGCCCAUUUUUAACAGAUGCUGCGAUUGACUUCUUGAGUCGCUUGUUAGAUAGAAACGAGAAGACACGGCUAACCGCAACUCAGGCCUUGGCACAUCCGUGGAUUUCACAGCCAUCACCUGAUAAGGCGCUGUCCGUGAUUGGCAAGGACAAGCUAGAGCUAGCGCGACGGCUUUCCGUUGACUGUGAGCACCAAGGCAGUCAAACAUCAACGAGGAAGAAUUUCAAGGUUGAGAGGCCGCCGAAGCCGCAUAGUCGUCAGCAGGCGGCAGACUCCGCUAACCACAGCAACCGAGAGCAAAACGGAGAGUUUGACUGUGGUUAG